GCUGAGCAUAUUACUGGUAGCCCGACGACUGAUGGUACUAAAGCCUUCAAGGCUCUCAAUUACAACUCUUGCCCAGGGUCUUCGCUCCCUACGCCUCUCGGCUCAGCACAGAUGGGUACGCAAUACCCCCGGCAGGAUGCCGUUGUUUCGCCUUCAGCAAGCGACAUGGAAACGGCAGUCCCAAGCGAUGCUCAAAAACCAAAAGAAGCCACCAUUCCAAGCCCUGGCAGGCCUAUAUUGCCCACGGGUCAUACCACCAUAGCCAGCGUGGCGAAAGAGACCUUGCCAGAUUCUUCGUUGGAAGAUCCGAAUCCAGAAGGCGACAUCAGGGAAUCAUGGGUGUCGUUCGCUUCAACUGCUGCCAGCAGAGAUUCGGCCGUGCCCAGCCUCUUCUCCGCCAGAGCAUCCACCGCUUCAGCCGCCACCCGGUAUUCUGUGCGCCAGUCAGUGAUUGAAUCCGCUGACUCACGCUCUAAUCUUCCGGCAUACGCGGAAAAGAGGAAGGACAGCCAUCCUCAAAGCCCCAGGUACUGUUGCACGUUCUGUGACGCGGCCUUCGAUACAAAGACGGAGUGGAAGAUCCACGAGUUUGAGUUCCAUGACCGGCGGGAGCGGUAUAUGUGCAGAAACUGCUCAGCCGUCUUCUUGCGAGCGACCCUCUUGGCCGAGCAUCUUGAACACGACCACGGUCUUGAGCCUACAACCGGCGUGUCUGAACCGGUUGAGUACCGUCAUAUUCGAAGCGCCUGGGGCUGUGGGUUCUGCGGGGCGGGCUUUGAUUCUCGAACCGACUACUUAGAGCAUGUCGGCCAACACUACGACGAAGGAAAAGAAAUGGCCGCUGACUGGCAGCAUACUCGUGUCAUUGAGGGGUUGCUUCGUCAACCCAAAAUCGCCCCAGAAUGGCUGGCCUUGGUCACCAAGGAGGAACGUGCACGCGGCGCGAAGCUGCGGUUUCUCUGGGACCCUCACACGACUGGUCGGUCGACGGACGAAAGCGGGCCACAAUGUCUGCAAGACAUGCUGGAAUUCUUCGCUACGGGGACGAGGGGAGCAAAUGAGGUUACCGUGGUCGCUUUCAGCAGUGCUCACGUCAGGCUUGAGGAUAAUGUCAGCGAUCUGAUCAGUAGACUCUUCCUCCGGGACCCGAGGGCAAAGUCGACCGAGACGAGCCCUGAUCGCAUUCGAUUUUCCCCAGAACUGCAACCAAGCACUCCGGGAAUGGAGGACGAUGUGAUAUCCCCGAUGUCUCCGCUGCCCGCACCCUUGCGGUCACCUACGGCUCCUCCCCAAGUUCCGGGUCCAGUGCCUCCUCCGACUGGGUUGAGGCCGCAGGCCCCAUCCAUUUUUCCGCUGCCUUUCCGUUUGGCGGAAACCCUCAACUCCUCUAAACUAAGCGUCCUCCGGCACAUUGAGAGCUCCCGGUGUCUUGGACCAUCCAGCGAAGCUACAUCAGUCGGGUCGCUGGAGCGACAGGCACUCGAUAUGCUCCCUUUCCAGCCUUCUCGCGAUACUCCGCCCAUCUCGACUCAAGGAACGUCAGAGUCACGGCCCCGCCAUCUGCAGAGCACCGAGGAGAUAUCUUGGGCUAGUGACAAGAGAAAGGCGAUCAUAGCGGCAGCCUCACUGAAGCCACAUACCAGCUCAAGCACUCUCUCCACCCACACCAGGGAUAGCUCUCUUGGGUUUGGCGACAGCACGAGUGAAGUUUUGUCUGAUGAUAGCCUUUCCGAGCCGGAUUAUUGGGUAGAGCCUGGUGGGUUGCCCACGGCUACUAAGAGGUGGAGGAGCACGUUCCAGCAAACCGUGGACCGCGGCAUGGCACGUCUCUGGGUCCGGUAUAACAAGCAUUGGGAGGCUCUGGUAAGGCGGUGCGUUGGUGAGACAAGUACUGACACAGCGCAUUCCCUGGAGACUUCGAGACGGAUGCGCAAAGCUACCGCUUCACGCCAUGCGCUGAGCAAAGGGUUUCGUACGAAUAGGCUGAUGAGCCAGGAGGAGGAGGAGGGGGAAGACGAUGAAAACGACGGCUCCCGACCGGCAUCGUCCCUGUCCAAGCGCAGCUCAGGAACCGCAAAGAGGUUUGCGUGUCCCUUCAGGAAGCACAACCCGCUCAUUUACAACAUCCACGAUCAUGAGGUCUGCGCCAUUAGGUCGUGGUCAACGAUUUCCAGGUUGAAGGAGCACCUCUACCGCAGGCACUACAAAGCCCAUUGCCAAAGAUGCAAGCAAACCUUCAGCGAUGCCAGGAGGCUCGCUGAACAUGAAAUGUCGGUCGUAGCUUGUGAGGUCUUGGACGUGGCCCCUCCUAGCGAUAUCACCGCGGACCAAGAGAAGCAGCUUAAAUCGAGAAAACACACCGCGCGGCGGCAAACGGACGAGGAGAAGUGGAGAGACAUAUACCGGCUUCUCUUUCCAAAGGAAGAGAUUCCAUCACCAUAUCCCGAGGCUGCCGAUGACAUGGCACCCGCCAACUCCGAAUCCCAUGUCAAUCUCCAAUUUCAUCAUUUUCUGCUAAGUGAAAUGCCAGCUUUGUUCACCAGGACCGCCGAGGAACACGCCGGAAGGCCGCUUCAAGCUCAGGAAGGUCUGACGAUGGAGGCCAUUCCGGGCAUCAUCGAAGAUGCUCUACGAAAAGCGUUCCGGGCAUGGGAAGCUAGAGGUAGCGAUUUGCCGACGCGGGAGGCUUCGGUCGCAUCAAUGAGCUUCCUGCCUGAGACGCCGGCCUCACUCGCUUACAACUUUAACCAAUCGACGCGAACUCAGCAAGACGCACAGCCCCAAGCGAUGGAACACGGCUAUUCGCAAAGCCAUUAUGGCAACGCGAACUUUGCCGUCCGGGCUUCACAAACAACCACCAACCCCGACGACUCAGGGUUUGCCGACGGCAGCCUCUUCAUGUCCGGGCCGCCAGUCAACUUCAACACUUUCGCCCCGGAAUAUGGAAGGGCUGCUUGGGAUUCUGACUUUGGCCUGCUGGGAGUGGGCUCGUAUGGGACCGAUGUGAAUCACGGAACUCACUUCCAAGGUUUUCAGGACAGUUAGUGCUCACGGCUUCCUCCCUUUUUUUUUAUUGGAAUCUCAUCAUGCUCCUCUUCUAGCAAGCUAGCCGUUCAUAGCUUGUGUGGUUCGUGGUGCCUAUCCCAGCACGAGGAAGUACUAUAGGUCGAGGAGCGCAUUGUCAAAAUUCUCAAGCGCCAAAUGGGGUCCGCGUCCCGCGUAACACCCCUUCCCUCCCCGCGCGCGGCUUGGCUGUUAUCGGGGACAUCCCGGGUUAUUUGGACCUGAAAAGGCAGAUAGCAGGUCUGAUCUAGCCAGACUCCACCACACUUGUUGCAUCUUGGCCUCUACAGCUGUUGGCGAAUACUAUAAUGAGAUCUCUCUUGCAGCCAUG